GAGCCAAUGGGUGCGGCCCCAUAGCUGGCGCCGCUCGGCCCCUCCCUUUUCCGAUCGAAUUCAGGGGCGGGGCGGCGGCGGGAGCGCGCCCGUCUCUCCCGGGCGAGCGGGCGUUUUUCGGUGGCUUCGUGGUUGGGCUCCCCGUUUCGUAGGUUACGCACACAAUCACUCCCCAGGGGACCGCCCGGAGCCCGCCCAGGCAGCUGCGCCAUCUCAUGCCUGGGCACCCCUGAGGCGGGGGUCGCGAUGGUGCGGGGCAGGGGCUCGACGAGGAGCUGACCAGGGGCUGAGAAGAGUCGGGGCCACGCACGAAGCCCUUCCCUUACCCGCGGGUCACGCCACUCCCUGGACGCCCUGAACUCCGUGCCCCCCAAGCCCCGGGCCCCCUGCGGGAAUGUUCAAAAAUGAGUACCAGGGAGGUGCAUUUGUUGAAAUCUUUAGUGCUCAGGGCAAAAAUCCUGGAGCAAAAUGGAAGAUCCUUGGCAGUCCCUCUGUGAUUUGGAAAGAGUUUGAUAAAGAAGCCAAAAGCUUUGUGUUUGUCCUGGAAGGCAGCAGCCAAACAAACAAAAUCCAGUUACCAAAGGAGAAUAAGCAAAUCCUUGGACUGAUCCAGAGGUUUCUUGUACUUCAGAUUUACAUACCCUUGGGACAAGACUUCUCCACUGAAUUGCUAAUUACUGAUUUAGGGAACAUUAAAAGAAGAUUGUAUUUAUCAACGGUCCAUAAGGAACUGUCCUCAACUCCUCUCCAUGCAAAAAUCCCACUUUUCAUGAUCAAGCGCAAAAUUUGGUGCAAUCUAUGUAUAGACUUGGUAGCAUUUACCAGUGAAAUAUUCAAGGGAGCAGUUUUCCAGUCAUUGGAUGGAAUUAUUGUCUCUGCUAACUGUAAGCUACGGAAGAUCUUUACCUUAAAAUGCAAGCCUCAAGACACUGCUGAGAAAGAUGCUGGAUAUGGGGUUCCCUUUCCAACCAAUGAACCUACAGACAUUAUUCCUCGAAGCUGCCAGCUGACAACAGAUGUUCCACAAGUCACACAGCUGCUAAACAUGACUAAGCUCCGCCAAACCGAAAUAAAAUUUGGAGGUCAUCCCCUGAAUUCAGCAGAAUCAGAUCAGUUCAUUAACAAGGGAACAGGCAGUGUGCGUACCAGUAAAAAUCAUGAUGUUUGUCAUAUCGCCUUUGGAUCCAGAGUACUUGGACCACCUCCACUCUCUGGCAGAAGAAAUAACAUGAGGAUAUCCAGUGAGACAAUAAGAUCCAUUGGGUCCAGAAAUAACCGAUCAUGCCAACAGUCUAUGGCAGAGAACUGUGUUAGCAGUGCAGAAAUGUCAGCCUCACUGAUACCUGAGUCGGAGGAGCAAAGAGAUAAAGAAAAUAUUCGCCAAAUAAAGCAGACCGUACCUAUUCAUGCUGAUCUGCAUGUUAUGCACCCACAUCCCCCUCAAGAACCAUCAGCAGAUAAGAAUAAUAACAGGAGAAGAUUACGAUUAAAAAGCACCAACAGAGAAAGGACAGAGGCACACCGAGGCUGUUCUUCAGGAAAUAACAGGAAUGAAGAUAAAGCGACAACCCCCCUCAACAGUGUGUCCCAACAGAAAGCAGAGAUGAACCCAAGCUCUCCAACACCACAGUCUCCUGAUCAAGCAGAUGAGUGGAUAUUUCCUGAAAAUGAUCACAUUUCCCAUUUGGCGUCCAGCAGACAGUCUCUCCUUCUAGAUGAUGACUCCCGCCACGCUUCACACCUGUGGCUAGAAGCCAGCAAGGAAAGUGAACGUGACCAACUGGCAGAGGAAACCCAGGCUGUUCCAAAGAACAUUUUCACUUUUUCAUCAAGACCGCGAUCAGCACCUCAUGGAAAAACUCAAACUCUGUCCCCAGAGGGGUGCCCAUUUAUUUUGGAUCUAAAAGAGGAUACCAGUGUGACAAGGAGAGACACUGAAUCGGAGGAUGAUUUUUAUGGCGGUGACAGCAGCGAAGAGGGUAACUACAGUAUCCAGGGUUCCUUGGGCCCAACAACUAGCCCUUCAGGGUUAGCUCAGUUAACAGUAGAGAGCACGCGGGGGACGGCUACAAGGCGGACAGAUACAAGACCUCUAAAAAGUGUCUAUGCAGAAGCAAGAGCAUCAGAAAGCCAGAAUUCCUUGGCGAAGCAGAUAGAUAGAAAAGACUUUCAAACGAGUUUGGUGCCUACACCAUGCCGUUCUCCCCCCAGAAGAAGUGAAUCCUCUCAGAAAACUCCAGAUGCUGUUAUCAAAGCAAAGGACCUACCAGCCCAUCAAGUACCAACUUCAAUAAACAAAACGUCCCUAAAGGAAAUCUCGGGAGAAAAGCUGAGACCGAUUCCUGAAGUAGCUCUAAGGAGACUGACAGAGUACUCCCUUCAAGAGGAUCAAAGAGGGAAGGAGCUUCAUCUUUUGUUGAGGGGAUCAAGGCACAAAGGCACUGCUUACCAUUUGUGCAGAGAGGUUUGACCUCCGUGUCAAAAUUCAGGUUAAUAAAAUGUGGUCUCUACAACCCACAUGAUCACUUUAAUCUGCGGCUCGCAUUUGUGAAUGUGGUAACCUCAAUUUAAUAGGGUGUAAAAUUAUUGAAGGCAUAGGCACCUUGCCCCAUUUCAGGGUAAAUUUACGAUGGGAAUGGAGUGUUCUUCCAAUGUUCUUCCUUUAAAAAGGAAAUUCAUGGUCAUAGUGAAAGGGUGCUAAUACCCGACGUUCUCUCCACUUAAUAGCUGCAGCUAAGAAUCUGUGAAAACAAGUUUCCUCAAGAGUGCUGUGUGUUGCUAACUCUGCGAAAGGAUUUUUUUCCCCAGGUCCCAGAAAACCGUGGUGGUGACUUUUGUUUUAAUAAUUCACUAAUAUUUACUUCACACAAUACAAAAUUCAGCCUUUUUUAGUGCAUUCACAGAGUUAUGCAACCAUGACCACUAAUCCUAGAUCACUAUUAUCACCCCAAAAGAAACUCUGUUCCCAUUAAUAGUCAUUCCCCAUUGCCUGCUUCCCCCAAACUCCCAGAAACCAUUAAUUUAUUUCCUGUCUCUAUGGAUUUGCCUGUUCUGGACAUUUCCCAUAAAGGAAAUCAGACACAGUGUGCCCUUUUGUGUCUGACUUCUUUGAUUUAGCAUGAUGUUCUCAAGUUCUUUCUAUGUUGUAGCUUUCCAUUUCUUUUUAUGCCUGAAUAAUAAUCCAUUAUGUGGGUGUGCCAUAUUUACUUAUUCAUCUAUCAGUUGAUAGUUGGUUGUUUCCACUCUUUGGCUAUAAUGAAAGAUGCUGCUAUGAACAUUCAUAUGCACAUUUUUGUGUGGACAUAUGUUUUCAGUCCUCCUGGGUGUAUACCUAGGAGUGGAAUUGCCAGGUCAUAUGGAACUUUACAUUUUACUUUUGAGAAACUGCCAAACUGUUUCCCUAAGCAGCUGCACCAUAUUACAUUCCCACCAGCAAAGCAAGGUUGGGGGAUUUCUCCACAUCUCAGUCAACACUCGUUAUUGUCUGCCUUUUUCAUUUCAGCCAUCCUAGUGUGUAAAGUGGCAUCUCCUUGUGGUUUGGGUUUGCUUUUCCCUAAUGACUAAAGCUGUUGAGCAUCUUUUUGUACACGUAUCAGCCCAUUUGUAUAUCUCCUUUGGAAAAACACCUAUUCAGACCUUUGGCCUAUUUUUUCAUUGGAUUAUUUGUCUUUGUAGUAUCCAGGUCUAAGAGUUUGGAUACAGUUUCUUAGAUACAUGAUACGCAAGUAUACUCUCCCAUUCUGUAACUUGUCUUUUCAUUUCUUUGGCUAUCUUUUGAAGCAAUAGAAGUUUUUUCAUUUUGGUGAAGUCUAGUUUAUUUAUUUCUUCUGUUGCUUAUGCUUUUGUGUCAUAUCUAAGAAUGGUUGCCUGAUCCGAGAUCACAGAGUUUAUUCCUAUGUUUUCUUCUAAGAAUUUUAUAGUUUAACUCUUUUUAAAAUUUUUUUUUCUUUUAUGUUUUAUUUCUUUUUGAGAGACAGAGAGAGACAGAGCAUGAGCAGAGGAGGGGCAGAGAGAAAGAAACACACAGAAUCCAAAGCAGGCUCCAGGCUCUGAGCUGUCAGUACAGAGGCCAGAGUGGGGCUCGAACUCCCGAACUGCAAGAUCAUGACCUGAGCUAAAGUCGACGCUUAACAGACUGAGCCAUUCAGGCGCCCCAGAAUUUUAUAGUUUAACUCUUAAAUUUUGUGCUAUGAUCCAGUUCUGGCUGAUUUCUGUCUAUAGUGGGAAUAGAGGUUCAACUACAUUUUUUUGCCUGUGAAUAUUCAUUUGUGCCAGCACUGUCAGUUGAAAGACUGUCUUUUCCCAUUGAAUUGUCUGUCACCCUUUUUGAAAAUCAGUUGACCGUGCAUGUAAAAGUUUAUUUCCGACUUCUCAGUUCUAUUCUGUUUAUCUAUAUGUCUAUCUCUAUGCAGUACCACACUGUCUUGAUUCCUAGUUUUAGAGUAGGCCUUUGAAAUCAGGAAGUGUGACCCCUUCAACUUUGUGCUUUGUUUUCUGGAUUCUUUUUGCAUUUCCAUAGGAAUUUGAGGAUCAACUUGUCAAUUUCUGAAAAAAAAAAAAAGGCAACUAGGAUUGCAUUGAAUCUUUAAAUCGAUUUGGGGAAUAUCUUAACAUCUUAACAAUAUUAAGCCUUCCAAUCCAUGGAUAUCUUUCUGUUUGUUUCUUUAAUUUCUUUCAGCAAUGUUUUAUAAUUUUCAGCACACAGGUCCUGCACUUCUUUUGUUAAAUUUAUUCCUAAGUAAAUUUUUUGAUGCUGUUGUGAAUAGAAUUAUUUCCUUAAUUUUAUUUUUUAUUUGUUCAUUGCUAGUGUUCAUAGAAAUGCAGUUUAUUUUUAUAUUGAUUUUUUUAGAUCUUGCAACCUUGCUGAAUGUUAAUUAGUUCUAAUAGUGUUUUUAUGAAUUCCUUAGGAUUUUCUAUAUACAAGAUCAUGUCAUUGCAAAUAGAAAUAGUUCUACUGCCUUUCCAA